CUUGUCUUUCGACCUCUUUUCACUUCCAUUUCAAUUGUUGUCAUUAUCUUAAUAUCUUUUUUCGAUGGCCCUCGAUGCUUAACUUGAGUAUCUGAUGGUGAAGGGUGAAGGGUGCAGGGGAUUUAGAAAGAUAGUGUUAUCCGUGUUAGAAACUUCAUUAGCAACAGGAAUCAUGUGAAAUAUCUUGAGCAUGAGCUUUAUAACUGUUUUUCUUAAGGGUGGUUAUAAGCUGUAAAAGUACCUGCGAUCAUGAACCACAAGCCAUGGCUUUGGAGGAAAAGAUCUAUGGAGAAAACAAUCUUUGCAGCGGACAAAGUUGUCAGUCCUUCUAGACCCAUUGAAGAAGAGGAUGGAUUAGAAAGAUCAUCAAAAAGUUUAAAUGAGAAGUUGGCAACAGUCCUCCUUGAUUCUCAUUCUGGAGAUGACCCUUUAGCAAAACAUGUCCAAAAGCCCCAACAGGAAAUUAGAGGCAAGGACAAGACACAACAUCAAGUAGAAUCUGUUGAAGACUUGGGUGAAAAAGCAUCUGCCGAGACUGUUUCUUCUGCAGACACAACGUUGCAGGAACCUUUGCAGCCACCAAGCUGUGAUCAAGAAGAACAAAAGCAAAAGUUGUGUAGUGCCAUUCCAAAGAUAUCAAAAGAGCAUGAGAAGAUUCAGAAAGAAUUGGAAGAAAAGUUGAGGGAAACAAGUAAGAGGAUAGAUGACUUAACUGCUGAGAACACUCAUCUAUCUAAUGCCUUGCUAACCAAAGAGAAAUCAAUUGGGGACCUGGUUAAAUGUAAACAAGAAACAGAUGCUGAGUUUAGUACAUUGAUGGCUAGGCUAGACAACACAGAAAAGGAAAAUUCUUUCUUAAGAUAUGAGUUUCACGUGCUGGAGAAGGAAAUUGAGAUCCGGAAAGAGGAGAUGGAUUAUAGCCGUCAGUAUGCAGAUGCAUCACAUAAACAGUACCUUGAGUGUUCUCAGAAAGCCUCAAAGUUAGAAGCCGAGUGUCAGAAACUCCGUCUUUUGCUACAAAAAAGAUCACCUGGUUCUGCUGGUUUGGUGAAUAUGAAGAAUGAGGUUGGAGUGAUGAGAAGAAGAAAGCCAAAUCCUACCAGAGAAUUGAUCUACAAAAAAAAUGAUAUUGGAAACUCUCCUUAUGUGUCUGAGAAAAGUUUUGGCUUGAUGAUCAAGCGUUUGCAAGAUAUGGAUGAGGAAAACAAAGCUCUUAAAAGAAUUUUAAACAACAAAAACUCUGAACUAGAAUCUUCAAGACUUAUGUAUGCUGAAACAGCUUCAAGAUUAUCCCAGGCUGAGAUUCUGCUUAGAAAGAUUUCUGAAAAUCAGAAGUCUAUGGAGCUGGCUAGGUGUUAUCCCACAUCAAAUGAACUUUCUUUGAUGUCAAAUUUUGAAAUUUAUAGUGAUGAUGAGGCUAUCUCUUCUGGAUCCUGGGCUAAUGCUCUUAUUUCAGAACUUGAACAUUUAAGAACUUCGGAGGCUAAAAUUCAUAAAAGCAGUAAUGAAGUUCCAUACAUGAGUUGCAUGGAUGAUUUUGUUGAGAUGGAAAAACGAGCUAUAGUUUCUAUUGAUACACCUAAAAGAGGAUGCUUCUCUGAUAUAAGUGGUAGGGAGUUAGUGCCAGUUCAGCAAGAUCAUCUUGGCUUCAGUGAGAGGAAACAGGAGAUUCAAUUCAAAAAUGUGACUGAAAAAUCAUUUGACUGGCUUCAGAUUGUUUUGAAUGCAAUCUUGGAGGAGAAAUUCAUAUCAAAACGAAGUCUUUAUGAACUGCUUGAUGACAUAAAAAUUGCUUUGGAUUGCAUAAAUCACCCAACUGCUUGUAAAUCUGAGACAACUAAGAAGUCAAGGCAUCCAGGAGAAUCUGAUUCUUUUAGUUUCAAUGAUUUUGCAGAAGCAGAAAGCAAUCGACACAUUAAUUCUAAUUUGAGAAAGUCACUCCAAAGAAUUAUCAACCUCAUUGAAGGAAUUGCUCCCAAGUCGUUUAUAUGCAACAAUUGUCCUGGCUGCUUGGAAGAGAAUAAGCAUUCAGACACAUCCCAAUCACCAACAUCCAAAGAUUAUUUUGUUCAUGUUUUCCAAUGGAAGGUUUCAGACUUAAAUCCUCUCUUGCAUCAACUUGUUCACACCUGCAAAGAUUUGUUAACAGGGAAAGCUGAUUUUGAAAUUUUCAUUGAGGAACUGGCAUUUGCUUUGGACUGGAGCAUUAAUAACUGUGCCACCUCCACAAAUGCUGCAAUUGCAAGGGAUAAGAUCAAGAAGCAUUUUAGCACUCAUUUCUCACAAAAUGAAAAUAAAAUAGAUGUUGAAGAUAAACAGUCUUCUCGCUCACCCUCAUUUGCAUAUCCUGAUGAUCAAUGUGAGCUCUUCAACGCAAAGAAUAAUCAGAAUGAUCUCCUUGAAGAAAUUAGAAAAUUAAAAGAUGAUUUGAGGAGCACAAAAACUGCGAAGAAAGACUUGGAAGAAAAGCUGGUAUCAGUAACUGAUGAGAGUCAGAACUUGACAAAACAAUGUCAAGAAGCACAAAAUAACAUCAGAGGUCUAGAAUCAGAAAUAGAGUCAUUGAAAGAAGCCAAGGAAACAAUAGAAGAUCAGAUUGAGAAACAAAAGAUCAUAAGUGAAGAUCUUGAUACACAGCUUACAAUAGCUCAGGCCAAGUUAAAUGACAUUUUCCAAAAAUUUUCGUCUUUAGAAGUUGAAUUAGAGGAUAAAAAGAACUCCUGUGAGGAAUUAGAAGCAACAUGCCUAGAGCUUCAACUCCAGCUGGAGAGCAUUGCAAAGAAAGAAUCUCCAACAUAUGGCAGAUACGAAGUAGAAAAGAUAUAUCAAACUGGCUGGGAGAUCACAACAGCUUCAUCAAAGUUGGCAGAAUGCCAAGAAACCAUCUUAAACCUUGGGAAACAACUCAAGGCACUUGCCUCAUCUAAUGAAGUAGCACAUUUUGACAAAGUUGUCUCCACAACUAGUACUAUGGCCAAUCCAACCCAGAAGAAGAACUUGAUCAAACGAUCCUCUCUACGCAAUCAUAUGCAAGCUGAGGAUGAAGCUAAAGGGGGGAAACAUAAGUCUGUCCAAACUGAAGAAACUAAAAGUGAUAAAGAUGUGCAGAGGCCACCCGUUCUUCACUCUGAAAACGAAAAAGUUAUGCAAAGUCCUAGUAAUGCUCCAGAAACAUGUCUCACUUCAGAGCAAAAUGAUAGAAGCAAAGUCACAGGAUCUAUGGCAAUUGUACCGAGUAAAAGACAAGUAGGCUUUGGUUUUCUGAGGAAGCUGCUGUCAAGACGACAUAAAGGGAGGGGUAAGGGAGCUAAGUUAUUAGCCAAAGCAUGAAAAAGAAUGAUCUUGCAGAGAAAGUAAAGACAUGCUUCUGGUGUAACAUGCUUUUGCCUUUUAUUAGAUUCUGGUGUAACAUGUUUUUAUCUUUUAUUGGUUGACAAUGACUUCUUUGAUUGGAGAUUAUCGAGGUUUGGAGUUGAGAACCAAAGAGUGCGAGAGAGGUUUGGUGAUGUAAAUAUAUUUGGUGUAAAUACGUUCAUUGAUUCAUUGGUAUUUGAGAUUAAGCUGUCCUGAUGAUA